AUGCAAGUGAGAUUUCUUUUGGGGCAAGGUUUGGCAUUUCGUGGACAUGAUGAAAGCGAUGAGUCAUAUAAUAGGGGUAAUUUCCUUGAGCUUUUGAAAUGGUUAGGAGAAAAGGUUGAGGAAGAAAGACAACAUACUCUUGAAAAUGCACCUAAAAAUUGUCAAAUGAUUGCCCCUUCUAUUCAAAAGGACAUUAUUAAUUGUUGUGCCAAAGAAACAACUAGGUGCACAAUAGAAGAAGUUGGUGAUGAUUACUUUGCCAUAUUAGCCGAUGAGUCAAGUGAUGUGUCCCAAAAAGAACAACUAUCUCUUGUUUUGCGCUUUGUUAAUAGAGAUAGUGGAAAGGUAAUGGAGCGAUUUUUUGGCAUUGUUCAUGUUGGUAAUACUACCGCUUUAACUCUUAAAGAUGCAAUCAUGUCUUUACUUGUUAAACAUUCAUUGAGUCCAUCUAUGAUAAGAGGGCAAGGGUACGAUGGAGCUAGCAACAUGAAAGGUGAAAUAAAUGGUCUUAAGACUUUGAUUAUGAAUUAUACUCCAAGUGCCUACUACAUACAUUGUUUUGCUCAUCAACUUCAACUAACACUAGUUGUCGUUGCUAAAAAGAAUGAUAGUUGUGGUUGGAUUUUUGAGAUACUUGCAAAUUUAUUGAAUGUGGUUGGAGUUUUUUGCAAGAGAAGAGAAAUGAUUCGACAAGAUCAAGCUCAAGAAGUUCCUCGAGCAUUGGAUGUAGGGGAUAAUGUGAGUGGAUCGGGUUUAAAUCAAGAACUUGGUUUGAAAAGGCCCGGGGAUACUCGUUGGAGUUCUCAUUACAAGUCUCUUUCAAACAUCAUCCUCUUAUUUCCUACAAUUGUGAAGGAGCAAGAUAUUGUAAAUGCCAUGGAACUUGUCACUUACACAAAAAUGGUGUUGCAAAAAAUGAGGGAGCAAGGAUGGGAUACUCUCUUAAACCAGGUAACUUCCUUUUGUGCUAAACAUGGUAUUGUUGUUGCCACUAUGGAUUCUCCUUAUGUUCCUCAAGGAAGAUCAAGAUGUUUUGUUGAAGAAGCAACAAAUCAACAUCAUUUUCGGGUUGGAAUUUUUUCAAGAGUGAUUGAUUUGCUUCUUCAAGAACUUGAUGAUCGAUUUAAUGAGAGGAAUAUGGAGAUACUAAUAUGUAUGGCUUGUUUAAGUCCUAAAGAUAACUUCUCAUCCUUUGAUAAAAGAUAA